AAGAACAGCCUAUGCUCUUACCCGCUGAGCCAUCUCUCCAGCCCCCUUUCUGUCCGUUUGUAAGAGUGGGCUGGACGUCCUGUGUUGACUCUUGGAUCUGGCAUAGAAGAGGCCUGAGGAAUGAGAGGUUUCUGUCAUUGCAUUUAUAACUGCUACAAAAAUGCCACCAUGUCGCCAACAUGAAGAAGAGAAAUUCUUCCUCAAUGCCAAAGGCCAAAAGGAAACUUUACCCAGCAUCUGGGACUCACCUACCAAACAGCUGUCUGUUGUGGUGCCUUCCUACAAUGAAGAGAAACGGUUGCCUGUGAUGAUGGAUGAAGCCCUGAACUACCUAGAAAAGAGACAGGAACAGGACCCUAGGUUCACUUACGAGGUGAUAGUAGUUGACGAUGGCAGUGGAGACCAGACUUCAAAGGUCGCUUUAAAAUACUGCCAGAAAUACGGAAGUGACAAAGUGCGAGUGAUAACGCUGGUACGGAAUCGUGGGAAAGGUGGCGCUGUGAGGAUGGGUGUAUUCAGUUCUCGAGGAGAGAAGAUCCUCAUGGCUGAUGCUGAUGGAGCCACAAAGUUUCCAGAUGUUGAGAAACUAGAAAAGGGGCUGAAUGAUCUCCGGCCAUGGCCUGAUCAAAUGGCCAUCGCUUGUGGGUCUCGUGCUCAUCUGGAGAAAGAAUCGAUUGCUCAGCGUUCCUACUUCCGUACCCUUCUUAUGUACGGGUUCCACUUCCUGGUGUGGUUCCUCUGUGUCAAAGGAAUCAGGGACACGCAGUGCGGCUUCAAAUUACUCACCCGAGCAGCAGCGGCCCGGACCUUCUCGUCUCUGCACAUUGAACGAUGGGCAUUUGAUGUAGAACUCCUGUACAUAGCACAAUUUCUUAAAAUUCCAAUAGCAGAAGUUGCUGUCAACUGGACUGAAAUUGAGGGUUCUAAGUUAGUUCCAUUUUGGAGCUGGUUACAAAUGGGCAAAGACCUGCUUUUUAUCCGACUGCGGUAUCUGACAGGUGCCUGGAAGCUUGAACGAACAAGGAAAAUGAGUUAGUUUGCUGUCGGGACUGGACUGCAUUUUUACCGACCAGUGUCAUGCAAUUUCACUUGAAAUCAGGAUUUUUCAAUAAAGCUGCGAUGGGCCCAUCUCACUAUCCGCCUUUGUACGUCCUUAAGAAUUACCUGCCACUAGGAAACCAUGAGAUGUCUUUUGGGACAAAUAAAUUUUUAUGUAUUUGUGUCAUAAAUUAGA